AUGCGCUAUUCUUAUCUUGGACACCCUAAUCGUAGCCAACCAAAGAUGUGGAAAGCGAUAGUUGAUGCGUUUAACGGUAACGAAGGAGUGCAAUCAGGUGGCAAGAAACAAACCUACGACUUUACAGCUGUUAACAACAUAGUUCAAGACCCUCAGAGUUCCAAGAUUUUGGUUGAUGUCAGAGAGCCCGAAGAGUUUGAGGGAGGCCACAUCGAGAAGGCAGUGAACAUGCCAUUCAGAAGCCACCCGCUAGCUCUCCAUGAACCAGCUGCCGAAUUUGAAAAGAACUACGGCUUCAAGAAACCCUCAAAGGACGCGGAACUAGUUUUUCUCUGCGCUUCAGGAUUUAGAGCUGGCAACGCUAGGGAAGAAGCUACCAAAAGCGGGUACCAAAACGCUAACGUUUACCCUGGUUCUAUGAAGGAUUGGAUAUCUAAGGGAGGUAAGACGAUUUGA